AUGAUAUGCCUUCGAGCCCUACAGACUAAGACUGCCGAGGAGGUAGCUUUUCACCUGGUUGAUAUUUUCUGUGAUAAAGGAGCCCCUCAUAUUCUUCAAUCUGACAAUGGGAGAGAAUUUUCAAAUAAGGUAAUUAAGGAAGUUCUGGCUAUGUGGCCAGAAUGUAAGCUAGUUCAUGGGAAACCAAGAUAUUCUCAAUCACAGGGUUCCGUGGAACGAGCAAACAGAGAUGUUGAAGCAAUACUCGCUUGCUGGAUGAAAGAUAACAACACUACACAAUGGUCAAAUGGACUGCGCUUUGUUCAGUGGCAGAAAAACACGCGCUUCCAUUCUGGAAUUGGCAGGACACCUUAUGAAGCCAUGUACGGAGAAAGGGCUCAUCUUGGUAUUUCUGCUGUCAAAAUACCAGAAGAAAUAAUGGAAGGCAUGGAGACAGAGGAGCAGCUUGCAGAAGCACUUUGUUUAGUUAAUGAAGAAGAUCAAAAUGUAGAACAGGGGAGAAGUGCUGAAAGUUGUGCCAUAAAUUGCAACUCGUGUGGUCAAAACAUUCCAUGUCAUCUUUCUGGUCAGUGUUGUUCAACUGUAAAUGACAAUGUUGAUGAUCCUGUGCUCUGUUGCCUAUGCAAUAGAAAUCGUAGCAUUCAGGCUGAACGAAGGGAAUCGAAAAUACAACAAGAGAAGCAAGCUAAAAAAAUGAAGGAUAAAUCAGUACAGUGUUUCAAGCCAGCCCUUGCAGGGGACACUGUCAUGGUUCCUAUUCCACUUGUUGACCGUGGACGAGCGGAGUUUGCGAAUGCAAAGGCAAUUAUAACUGAGACAAUGGAUGGCGGAACUUACAAACUAGGGCAAAACACAUGGUUUACUUAA